GCUCCUGCAAUGUUCAGCAGAGCUUUGCAGUGAAGAGUUUUCUACCAGAACCGAGGGAUGUGGAAGAGACCGCUUCAGAUUCUGGGCCUGCUGCUCUGCCUGCUGGGCUGGGUCUUGGUGGGCUGCACACUAGCCAUGGACCACUGGAGGGUGGCCCAGCUGGGGGGUCAGGGCGGCUCCUCUGUGGUGGCGGCGGCCUGGUUCUGGUCCGACCUGUGGAGGGACUGCUACGAGGACUCCACGGCUCUGGUGAACUGCGUGGACUUCGGGGUUCUGUGGACGGUCAAAGAGAACCUCCAGGCGGUGCGGGGGCUGCUGCUCACGGGCCUCUGCCUCGGUUUGCUCGGCGCGGUCCUCACGUUUUUUGGGAUGGAGUGCACGCGGGUCGGCGGGGACGGCGCCCGCAAAGACGGGACGUUAGCGACGGCGUGCGCUUUCCACUUGGCCGGCUGCGCGUCAGACGUGGCUGGAUACUGUUUAUACAUCAACAGAGUGGUUGCAGUUUUUUUACACAGCAAAGCAGAUCCAUCAAAACUCAGCUAUGAGAUGGGACCCCCCCUGUACCUGGGCCUGGUGGGGAGUCUGCUCAUCUUCCUCGGCUGUGCAGCUCACUGCGCCACGGUGUGCGGACGUAAGCCUCCACAAAGACAUUUCAUGGCUCCGUCCACCAGAGAGAAACAUGGAAACAGACGAGUGACACAGGGACAUAAACGCGUUCACGUGUCAUCAAAGAGGUCAAGGGUUUCUUCUUACAGGAUGGCGUCUGUUGUCGUUGUGUAACGUUAGUUUCUGUACAGUUGACAGUUAAACAAAAUCCCCUAUGCAGACAUUUAAUUUAAUUUUUUAUAUAUAUAUAUAUAUAUAGUAAUAAUAUAAAAUUUCUCCCUCAAAACCAGACUGUCAGGACUAUUAAUUUAUAAGAAGUUAAAAAAAAAAACAAUUAAAAACAGUUCCCACCUUCUGUCAUUUUAAAAGGAAAAAAAAAGGAAAAACAAACCAAAAACUAAUAAAUGACCCUGAAAAAGAAACCAACAAAAGAUUUACACAGAAAAAAAAAUAAAAAAAUAAAAAAAUUACUCAGAAAAACAGGAAAAAAAUCAUCAAAAAACAAACUAAUAAAUAAUAAAUAAUUUAUUUUGCCAAGCAAAUCAGAAAUAAAUUAAUAAACUCUUAAAAAGUAAUUAGUCCAAUCUUCUGUCAUUUUGAAAAAUCUUUUGCCGAAAUCUGUACCCUCAGACAAAUAACUGAUUUUAAUCAUUUUCAAAAAUAAUAAUUACUGCUGUCUUUGGCAUGUUGUUAGAGAAUGUGGGAACUCACACUGUAAAACAAACCAAAAAAAUAACUUAGUCUGAAAAACAAACCAAAAAAUAAAUAAAUAACUUCGAAACUUAGAAAACAAUAGAAAUUAAUUAGAAAAAAAGAAAAAAAUAAGCAGAAAAACAAAAAACAAUAAAAAAAAUACUCUGAAAAACAGAACAAAAUACUCAGGAAAAAAAAAAAUGAAAAAAUUACCCAAAAAAAUAAUA